AUGUGGUGGAUGCUCGUCGACAACGAAAAGGCUAUCACCGAAGCACUGGCAGCUGAUCUCGGACGUCACGAGUUCGAAGCCCUCACGUCAGAUCUGCACGGCUUGAAAACCGAUAUCCUCGAACAUCUCAACCAUGUUGAGGAAUGGGCAGCUGAUGAGCCAGCGCGCAUUCGAAAAGAACCGCUGGGUGUCGUUUUAGUCAUCGGUGCAUGGAAUUUCCCUUUCCUGCUGACGUUGCAGCCUGUUGUCGCUGCUAUAACUGCCGGUUGCUGUGUCGCCGUUAAACCACCUGAACUAUCAGUUGCGUCUCAGAAUCUUAUGCAAGAUCUUGUAGGGCGAUAUCUCGGCCCAGAGGCCAUUAGGCUUGUCACAGGAGGGCCGCAGGAAACAACAAAACUGCUUGAGCUUAAGUUCAAUCACAUCUUCUUCACUGGUUCUACAAAGGUCGCUAAAUAUGUUGCUGCAGCUGCAGCGAAGCAUCUCACCCCGACGGUUUUGGAGCUUGGUGGUCAGGGACCAGCGAUAGUCACUGCUAAAGCUGACAUUGAUCUUGCGGCUAAGCGUAUCGCAUACGCCAAGUUUCUCAACGCAGGACAGAUAUGUCUCUCGGUAAAUCACGUUUUCGUGAAUCCAGAGGUUCAUGACGCUUUUGUGAAAAGGCUCCAGCAUUGGACACAGCAAUUCUCCGGUGGAGAGUCGAGUCAUAUGUGCAAGAUCGUGAAUAAGCGCAACUUUAACCGUUUAUCAGGUUUAUUAGGUGAGACCUCUGGGGAAGUGUUUCAAGCUUCUGGAAAGAAAGGGGAUAAUAUGCUUAGUCCAACGGUUGUUACCGACGUGAGCAUAGAUGACUCGCUUCUUAGUGAGGAGCUGUUCGGUCCCAUUUGUCCGGUUAUCAAAGCGACGUAUAAUGAUGCGGUUCGCCAGACCAAUAGUGGUCCUCAUCCUCUCGCGAUCUAUAUCUUCAGUUCAGACGGCUCAGAGAUCGACUACGUUCUGCAAAAUACUAUCUCAGGCGGCGUCACUAUCAACGAUGUUCUCAUGCACUAUGGCGUACCAGGCGCUCCAUUCGGCGGCGUAGGUGAUUCUGGCCAAGGCUAUUAUCACGGCAAAUACGGCUUUAUGGCAUUUACCCAUCAGAGGACCAUAUUGGAAAUGCCAACUUGGAUGGAUAAGCUUAUGGCGUUUCGAUAUCCUCCUUUUGAUAUGAAGAACAUGAAAAACUUUGUGGUGAAGAACAAUUUGGGGUUCCGACGGGGAGAGACGAUGGAAGAUCAGGUGGUCGGGGGCAGUCGGGGGCAGUCGAUCAUGGGUUUGGGCAGGAUUUGGGGUCCUGCUCGCCUCUGCGCAUCUGUACUAGGCCUCGGCUACCUGGCAAACAAAAUUCUAGUCAGCAGGGCUCUGAACCACGGCACGAAAGCCUACUUCGAUUGGAACAAGGAGAUUGUGUUGGUGACUGGUGGAUCAGGCGGCAUUGGAGGCGAGACUGUACAGCAGUUGGCCAGUAAGGGCAUUCGCGUGGUUGUCCUUGAUGUACUUGCUUUGAACUACAAGGCUCCAUCCAAUGUUCACUAUUAUAAAUGUGACCUAACGAACUACGAGCAACUACAAGAGGUUGCUGGAAGGAUCAAGAGCGAGGUCGGCGAACCUACAGUAGUUGUAGCGAAUGCUGGUGUCUGUCGUGGAAAGCCCCUUUUGAAAGCCACCAAACAAGAUAUCGACCUUACAAUUGGAGUCAACACUCUAGGUCUCAUCUGGACCAUCAAGACCUUUCUACCAGCAAUGGUAUCCCGCAACCACGGCCAUCUUCUCAUCGUCGCCUCGCAAACAGGAUUUUUAGCCACCGUCGGCAUCACCGACUACGCAGCUAGCAAAUCAGCAGCCAUCGCUAUCUACGAAGGGUUACAUACCGAGAUCAAGCACGUUCACAAAGCUACCGCGGUCCGCCUCUCGUGUGUCUCGCCGAGCCAUGUACAGACUCAGAUGUUCACGGGUGUCAAGUCUGUUCCUGGGAUGUCUACCAUGACGACAGAGUAUCUGGCGAACAAGAUCUGCGGUAUCCUCUUGAGUGGAAGGGGUCAGAAUAUUAUUGUUCCGGCUGCGGCGGGAAUGUCACCUUGGGUUCGUGUGUUGCCGGACUGGGUUCGUGUUCUUCUGCAAGAUGCGGCGGCUCCGGCUUUUACAGACUUGAAGCCUCAUGAUCCGUUCAAAAAAACUGCGUAA